AUGGCACCAGCUGAGUUAAGAGAGUUAAAGGAGCAGUUACAGGACCUCCUAGAUAAAGGUUUUAUUAAAUUCAGUAUGUCUCCGUGGGGUGCUCCUGUUCUGUUCGUGAAGAAGAUGGACGCUCUGGUGCUGACCUUACCCUAUGGGACUGGUGGAUUCACGGUGUACUGUGACACUUCCAAAGUGGGUUUGGACUGUGUCCUGAUGCAAAAUAGUAAGGUAGUGGCUUAUGCAUCCAGGCAGUUGAAGAAGCAUGAGCAGAAUUACCCUACCUACGAUUUGGAGAUGGCAGCAGUAAUUUUUACUUUAAAGAUCUGGAGGCACUAUCUCUAUGGUAAGGCGAAUGUUAUGGCAGAUGUCUUGAGCAAGAAAUCGGUAGGUAGUCUUGCUCAUAUCAGUGCAGAGAAGAGACCCUUGACUAGAGAGUUGCACGAACUGUAUGACCAAGGGCUAGAGAUGGAGAUGAUGAUGGUACUCUCAGGAUGGGCGCUAGGCUGUAUGUUCCAGAUGUGGAUAAUCUCAGAAAGGAGAUUUUUAGAAGAGGCUCAUUGUACAGCUUAUAGCAUGCAUUCGGGCUCCACUAAGGCGUAUCAUGAUUUGAAAGGAAAUUAUUAUUGGUGGAAUGGAAUGAAAAGGGAUGUGGCAGAGUUUGUCUCCAAGUGUCUGACGUGUCAGCAUAUCAAAUUAGAGCAUCAGAAGCAGUUAGGGUUAUUGCAAUCGCUUCCCAUACCAUAG